AUGGGAACCAGUCAUUUAUGGUUCAUCGACCGAGACGGAAGAGUUUUCCUGUUUAAUUUACGAGACAAAUCCUGGCGCCAUAUCUCUACUCCCAAACUCGGAUCAAGGAACUGUUUUAAGCGAAUUUCAGCAGUAGAACAGUGCGCGUGGGCGAUCAGCGCUAGCCAGCAGCCGUACCUGUUUGUUCACUCCACUGAACUACCGAUCAGAGUGAAAGUACAAACAUACGAGAAUCAAAGAUGGGGAAUUUAUGGAGGAUGGAAAGCCACAGAGAAGUCGGUAAGACCCUUAUUGCUCUUUUAUGAUUAA